AUGGCUGGUGGUAAAGAUGGUAAGAAACAAGCAAGAUUUGAGCGAGUUAUGGUUGAGGGAGAUAUUCUGAGUUAUCAAGUAAACGAUGAGAAUAAAGUUGGUGUGUACAUAUCACCUAGUCCUAUUACACCAGAUAAUAGUUAUUUUGAAGUAGAAUUAUUAGAUGUUGGAUUUGAUCUAGAAGGCCCAAUAGCUAUUGGACUGGUUCCUUAUAAAUAUAAUUUAGAUGUACUACCAGGUUAUAAGAUGUAUUCUGUUGGUUAUCAUACAGGAGAUGGCAGGAUAUACAAGGCUCGUAAUGUUGGUAAAUUAUUUGGGCCUAAAUGUGGUGUAGGUGAUAAAGUUGGUUGUGGUAUAAAGUAUGUCCAGCAAGAUGGUGAUAGUGAUGAUUCUCAAAUUGUUCGUGUAUUUUUCACAAGAAAUGGUACAGAGUUAGGUAGUAUGUCAGUGCCCUUACCACCAGGAGGUUUUCACCCAGCAGUUGGUUUCCAUUGUGAAGGUGAAGUACGUAUAAAUAAUAAUAUUGAUUGGAAUAAGGAAGAUAUUAUAUUAAUGGCUGUAGAUUAUGGUGAAGAAGAAUGGUCUAGAUUACAUGAUGUUAAGUUAAAUGGUGUUGUUAUUGAAUAUGCUGGUCGUGGUAAGAGUAUUUUAGAUGUUGGUUUAGCUCAGGCAAAGUUUCCUUUAGAUACCACUUUUCAUUAUUUUGAAAUAGAAAUUGUUGAUCCGGGUGAAAACUGUUAUAUUGCUAUUGGAGUUGCAAGACAGAACUAUCCACCCCACAGACAUCCUGGUUGGAAUCGUGGUUCAAUUGCCUAUCAUGCGGAUGACGGUAAAAUAUUUCUUGGUUCUGGUGUCGGUGAUCCAUUUGGUCCAAAAUGUCAUAAAGGUGAUAUUAUGGGAUGUGGUAUAUUAUUUCCACCAGAUUAUGAUUGUGAGAAUGAUGUAUUAAAUGUUAAUGAUGAAGAUGAAUAUGUUCGAAUAUCUAACAAUCAGAUUGAGAAUGGGUCUGAUUCAGAUGAUGAUGAAGAUGAUGAGGAACCAUGGGCUAAAGCUAAUGGUGAAGUUGGUACUGGUACCAAUGUUCAGGUGUUUUUUACAAGAAAUGGCAAAUUAAUUGGAAAAAGAAAAACCAUGAUACCAAAAGGUGGUUUUUAUCCUACAAUAGGAAUGUUAAGUUCUUGUGAACGUGUUCGAGUUGAUCUCCGCCCAUUGACAGGUUAA